CACCAACAAAUCCCCACUCACCUAUUCCCCUAACUUCUCUCUCCGCAUCUUGGCAUUCACUUACAUCCAGUUUUAGGGGUUUUCCUUCGAUCUCCUUUUGUUCGAUUCUGCAUUUCCUCUCCCGGCUUCGACGGAUUAAGACUCUCCGCUUGGUUCUUGGAUCAAAUAAUUGAAGUCUGAGCGAAACCUUGAAGUUGGUUAAUCUUCGUGUCAUCCAGUAUUGGUUCAGUAGUGGCUUAUAGAUAUAAUUCUCAGAAGGUUGCUUGUACGUCAGAGGAUCCUUUGCGUCCAUGCUAGCAGAGAGCAUGCGUGGAAUCUGUGUUUCGGGUAAUGCCCCUGACAAGAAUUUUUUCCGAAGCAUUCGGUGUGUUGACAAUUUGUCUAGUUGCUCUGUUGAUUCUUCUUGGCUUGCUGUGCAUCGGAUACACAUUUUACUUGCGUUCGCAUGCUCUUGGACAAGGAUUUAAUCAGCUCAGUUACUUCAGUGGUCCUUGGAUAAUCAGAAUCACAUUUGUUUUGUUUACCAUUUGGUGGGGUUUCGGCGAAAUUCUACGGCUAAAUUUUCUAAGGAGGGAAGGAAGAGUGUUUAAUGAACUCGAUUUUAAAUGGCAAGAAAAUGUCUGCAGAUGUUACAUCGUUUCAAAUUUAGGUUUUGCGGAACCUUGCCUCUUCCUCACUCUCGUGUUUCUUCUCCGGGCACCUUUACAGAAUGUAGACACAGGAAUCCUCAGCCAAAAAUGGAAUGGGAAAACAGCAGGCUGUGUUCUCCUCUUCUGCCUCCCAUUCUUUGUUCUUCAACUAUUUCUCAUUUUGAUUGGACCCGAGUUACACAAGGUUGAGAGAGAGUUACCGCCGUAUUUCACUAGAGUAGCUACCCCAGGGAUGCAAAAUUCUGAUGACAUAGCUCUUUGCACUUACCCUUUCCUGAAUACUAUUCUUCUCGGGCUUUUUGCCACCGUAUUGACUGCCUAUUUAUUAUGGCUCGGAAGGCGGGUUUUGAAAUUGGUUAUCAAUAAGGGUUUGCAGAAGAGAGUUUAUACUUUGAUUUUCUCGGUUUCGACUUUCCUCCCGUUAAGGGUUAUUUUACUUGGUUUGUCUGUUUUUUCUAAACCAGAGCAAUUUCUGUUUGAAGCUCUGGCAUUCUCAUCUUUUAUUGUCCAACUAUGUUGUGCUGCGAUCUGUAUUGUCAUACUUGUAUACUGCCCGGUGGCGGAUUGUCUAGCCCUUGGGAAUCUUACAGACUUGGAGGCUCGGAGAAGGGUUGUUCUCGUCGACCAUAAUGACACUGCUUCACUAUUUGCUAAUCGGGGUCAUCUUGAAGAAAGUGUUGCAACGAGCCUCGAGCGGAGUUCCGAUGCCUCUACUAAGCGUGGAUCGAUUUCUUUCCGGACUUUCGUAAGAGACGAGACUUCAGCCGAGGCAUUUGUGGAACUGAGCCUCUUUUCUCCUAGUCGGGAUGGCAGCCCUCCGGCCUCGUCUUCCCUCGUUGGCUGGCCGAUGAGGUCUCCUGCUAGACAUGCUCAUGGGCAAGGAAACUGAGUUUAGUGGUGGUGAAUAUCAAUUUUGUGGUAGAGAAGAAACUGAUUGUAAAGGGUUUAGCUUUCAAUAAGGAUUAUUAUUCUCGGGGUGCUUUGUUUUCCCAGUAAUUUUAGAUAUGGCGGUUUUUGCUUAAUGGAAUUUAUAAUCGAAACCCCUUUUUGCCUU